GUUGACUUCCGACUCAGUACUACCGCUAGCUCCUGCAUCCUCUGAUUCUCAGCUUGAAACCCGAUUGGGAAACGGACCAAGAUUCCCCAUUGUCUACAUCGUAUGCCAUGGGGACAGAACAAGAAGCGACUCGUACCAGCGACUUGGAUGAUGGCAAUCGUAGCCUUUCCUUUACCCACUCCGCUUCAGCGACGAGCUUCCAGAUGAUGCUCGAAUCGGCCAACGGUGUGUCCUUGCCCAUCGAGGUUACGUGUGCAGUACUUUCUCAGCUUCACCCGGCGGACUUGCUUCGCCUAUGCCGUACAGGCAAGGCUUUCCGUGACAUGUUGAUGCCCAAAUCAUACGACUCCAUCGCGAUAUGGAAGGCUGCGCGAGAAACGCACGGGGAUGUUCCUGAGCCUAUGCCCGGGGUCUCGGAGUUUCGGUGGGCGAGUUGGCUGUUCGAGAAUCCUCCCUGCGAGGUCUGUGGCAACCGCAUACCAUUGUUGCAGCGUGAUCCCUACCUAUCAGUGGGACAUCGCGUAUGUAAGGAGUGCUUCCGCGAGAAGUGCAUAUUCCCGUUUGAUGUGUCCCGCGAAGGGAAUCAGGAUGUUCCUGAUAUCGAUCUCAUUUCCCUUUCUGUACCUAAAGAUAACGGACAUGAAAGGCCCGGGUUCUGGGCUGUAGACGUGAACGACGUAUCGGCUACACUACGCUCAUUAAAACGAGACAUCGAACUGGAAAAGUAUGGAGCGUCUCAGGCGCUUGUGGAUUACAUGGAUCGUCGUAGAGAGAUUGUUAGAUCAUCCCGUCAGGCUUACCAUGAUUUCAAGCGCUGGAGGACACAAGAUAGUCCUCGAGUGAGGUCCCGUAACCGCGAUGAGUUAUUUAAUCCACCCUAAGAUACCGUGACAUCAAACUGACAUCGAGAAGACUACAGGAUUACGUUGCCGCCCUGGGGUAUACUUGGGACGACUUUAUGUUUGUCAAGAGACGCCAUCCUAGACCUUUUUAUGAUUACUUGUUCAUGCGUGAUACGGAGCUGAGACAUGAAGAGUGGGAAAAAGAAGAGGCUUUGGUUAUCGAACAGCUCGAGCGCUGCCCCGCAGAACGUGAAGCCGAAUAUCGUCUCAAUAUUUUGGCGAACAGAUGUUCUAUUGUGAAGGCGCACUACAAAAACUAUUUGCAGGAGUUGCCUCCGCUUCGACAGGCCGAGGCACCACCUCUCUGGGUCGCCAACCUCUUUCCUGGUAUUGAUAUCCUCGUCAAUAGUCCAUCAACGGACUUUUUAUCUCAUGAGCUCUCGCAAGCUACGAGCGACAUCAAAGAGUUGGUCGCAGACUACACCGAAGCAAAAGACCUGUUGUGUCGCGACAUCGCCGUACAGUGUCUCGCAGACAGUGACAUCCAUAGUCCUCCCCCUCACCACCUCGCUUCCUUCGUGAUUCAGUGCGCACAGCAGGACUGUUCCAAUCGAGCCGAAUACGGACUUCCUAAUAGGCCACUCUUUGGGCUGGCAGAUGCUCGGAACCACCACUGUUACUCGCGACCUCUUCCUGAGUCGCCCUUUUGUGGCUUGGAAAGCCGCUACGCCUUCAGCGAUCGCGGGCGCGAGGCUGUUCUCUCCCUUCUGUCCUUGCUUGGACUCGAACCUCACACAACUCUCCCGAAGACACUAGACCGCCUUUCUGCGAGGCUCUUAUGCGGCAACUGUCCGACCAUCAAAACAGCUACGUACCAGUCGAGGUACUUGUACAACUGGAGACAGAGCGCGAUUCAUUUUAUCGCUAGCGACAAAGAAACGCACGCUGAGUCCAAGUGGGAACUACUUCCCGAUGAAGCAGCAGAGGAUGUAGCCAGACGGGAGAAACGUAGCAGGGAGACAGAUACGUUGGACGCGGGGAUUGAGGCAUGGUGGUGCAACCAUUGCAACCAUACCCUGGAAAAUGGCGAAGACCGCAAAAUCAACGUUCUGGCUCAUAUACGCGAGCAACACGAGCAAAUCCUGUCCCCUGAGGAAGGGCGUGAUUUCUUCUUUUCCCCUGCGCAGACCCGGAGCGGCCCCCAGCCUAUACUCUAUGCCGUCGAGCGAGCAAGCACACCUAACUAGACGAUACUAUAGUGGUUCGUGGUAGAGAGUUGAUAGCUGCUCCAAAUUAGCGGUAUCCCUUGUACUAGUAUCUAAUCCGUAUAUCAGAACGUUCAUGUUGAAU